AUGUCGGCUCUCUCUAAUUGUUCAACGACUGUUUGGGCAGUGAAUGCAACAACAAUUGCUGGUUCACCUACAGGUAGUUCAGGUUUCAGUUCAGCAUUAUUAACUUUGCCAGUAGGCAUCUUGGUUGAUCAGAAUGAUACAAUUUAUGUCAUGGAUCAUGGUACAACCUUCUAUCGUAUGCAAGUUUUUCGUCCAGGUCGUCAAUUUGCAACAAUAAUCUUCAACGCCAUCUUUGGCACAACUCUCAAUCAGCUCUCUUCCGCCGUCGCUCUUAACAUGGAUGUGAGUGGUAAUAUCUAUAUACUUGACCAAGGAAACAAUCGUGUUACAAAAUGGGCUCCAGGAGCAUCAACGGGUAUACUUGUAGCCGGUGGAAGUGGUCAGGGCAGUUCUAUCAAGAAACUAAAUACUGCUUGGGACAUAUUCGUUGAGCCAAAUACAUCCUAUAUUUGGAUAGCUGAUUCAAAUAAUAACCGGAUUGUUAAAUGGGUGAAUACAUCGACUGCGAUACUUGCUGCGGGAGAAGGUACUAGUGGUUCAAACGCCAAUCAACUUAAUUUUCCAACCGGAGUAUUCGUUGACACAUCUGAUUCGAAUACACUUUAUGUAGCAGACUUCAGUAAUCACAGAAUUCAAAAAUGGCUUUAUGGAGCAAGCAAUGGAACAACAGUAUCAGGACAAUCAAAUGUAUCCGGUAGUGCACUUAAUCAACUUAAUAAACCAUUUGCUUUGAUCAUGGACACGAAUAAAUCAUUGUACAUUGUGGAUAGUGGAAAUAAUCGAAUCGUUUUAUGGUUAUUAGGAGCUACAUCGGGCAUACUCAUUGCUGGUACAGGCGUUGUCGGAGCAUUACCAUCUCAACUAUAUAAUCCUUGGAGUGUCAGACUUGAUUCAACUGGAGCACUUAUUGUCAAUGAUUGCUAUAACAAUCGUAUUCAAAGAUUUCCUGUUAUUUGCUCACCAAAUACGGCGUCAUCAUCAGCAACAUCGGUAUUAACCAACUCAACAUCAAUUGCUUCUACAUUACAAAACACAACAAUUUUAUUUUAUUUUUUAUUUUAUUUUGCUUUAUUUAAUGCCCAAUGGGCCUUUUGA